UCAAAUAACAACAUUUUGAAAUAAAGGACUUCUUCAACUUCCAUUUUCUUUCAUUUCUCAACCUCUCUCUCUAUCCCUCCAAUGUCUGCGUCCAAUACUAGAAUUUCUCUUGCACUUUUCGUUUUCUUCGCUAACUUUCCAGGGUUGAUGUUAUGUGCAGUUGUGUCGUUGAGUUCAAUUGAGAUCUUCGAAAGGCACGAGUGGCUAAAAGUGACUUCAACUGUGUAUUUCCUUUGUGAAGGGGAGAACAAGAACGUGUUUGAAGAUGUUAAGAGAGCUCGUUUUGUUUAUGCUUACAAUGGUCAACAAUCUUGGAAGAUUUUAAGCAACUUCUCAAGUAAAAAUUGCAAGCGGUGUGGACUAUAUGAGGAAAACAGUAUUACUUCAGACGAUGCUUUUGACGAGUGGGAGUUUUGUCCUUCCGAUUUUACUGCACCCCAUGGUGAAUAUGUUAGGUUCAAGGAAAAACAAUUCAAUGCUACUUUUCUGUGCCCAGAUUGUUUAUCUUUUGGUGCUUCCAGCUCUUCUGAUAAACGCGGAAAGCACAUAGCAAUUCUGGUUUUUCUUGGUGCUUUGGCCGCAGGUGUACUGAUUCUUGGAGUAUUUGGUGCAUAUAAGUUCUGGCUGAAAAAAAGAAAAGAAGAGGACCAAGCUCAUUUUUUGAAGUUAUUUGAAGAUGGAGAUGACAUUGAAGAUGAGCUUGGCCUUGGUGGUGUGAUAGUAUGAUGGAAGUAAACAAAAUAGGCCUUGUAGAGUAAGGUUAACCACAAAAUUUUGUUUAUGCAAAGGGAUGAAAAAAGAAAGGAAAAAAAAAUCUUCUAGUUAAACAUGUAACUAUCCCAGUCUACAAAUCUGUACAUAAAAAAUAGGGUUAUGUAGCACUUUUAAGGUUUUUGCUCAACAAUCCAAUAGAAACAAAUAAGCAAGAUAUCAAUAAAACUCACGGAUAGCAUCAAUUUUAUUGGCAUUA